AGAAAGUGGCUGCCCACGGCGUGGGUGGACCCACUCUGCGAUGAGUGGAGAACUGGCUGAUGGCCGAGCCCAGAGAGUGAUUACAAAAGCAUCUCACUCAAAGGCCUUGGUUUGCCUCCCAGGCAGGAACCUGGACAGCCCCAAAGCAGGGACCUAGCUUAGAAACACAGAUGGUGGAAGAUGAAACUGAGACAACAAGUGAAGAAUUGCCUCCUCAUCUGCGGGAAGAACCUCCUGAAGAUGCCAGCAAGGACCAUCCGCAGCAGCAGGCGGGCGUGAUCUGGAGAGUGACGGGCGGCCUGUUCAGCAUCACCCGGGGAGCCGUGGGAGCCACGCUGGGAGGUGUCGCCUGGGUGGGCAGCAAGAGCCUGGAGCUCACCAAAACAGCCGUGAGCAGCGUCCCCGCUGCCGGCGUCGGACUGGUGAAGGGCAGCGUGUCGGCGGUGACCGGCGGCGUGGGAGCCGUGGGCAGCGCGGUCGCCAGCAAAGUCCCGUUCCCAGCGAAGAAGAAGGACAAGGCUGACUAAUCCCCCUCACGGCUCCCUUCCUGACAGAUCGACCUGCCCAUACUCUCCCCAGACACAGCACCUCUUGGAGUGGGAAGCAGCCGCUUCAGGGAGGGUCAAGCACCCGAGCGGACUCCGGCUGCGGCCUGCUCAGCACCGCCUGCCUGGCUCAGAGCUCACAGAGCCCCUCUCAAUGCCUUUCACUCCCAUCACUUACUGGGAACCAUCUUUACUCCCAGGGCUUUAAAGGCACCGUUGUCUCUGUCUUGCAGUUUCCUUCCUGCCUUCUUGUUCUUUUAAGCACA